GAUGACAAUGGCGGCGACUCGCCUGUGGCCAUCUCUGCCGUGCUUGUAGGAGAAUGUAGAUCCAACAUCAGUGUAGUGAACGUCAGUGAAAACAGGCCGCCAUAUAUUUCCUGGAAGAGAUAUUUGACCUGAGUGUCGCGAGGCUUCGUCACUUUGACACACAUAGGCCACAUCAGACGGGCGAUGUCGGGGGACGAGAGGACAUGUUGUCGCUGGACGGUGACGUUGCUGCACAUCCUCACGUGCCUUGUGGCGGGAUUCUGCAUCCUCAGCGUUAUGAUAAUGCGGGGACUUGAGGCGAACUGUUUACCAUCUUUAACAGACAACGUGGGGCAUGAAGUCCACUAUGCCGACAGCGUCUUGGAGUUUUUCUGCAGCAUUGUUCUGUACGCUUGUGGUGUCGUGUCGGGGUGGAGCAUUCUGUCCUUUUUCGCCCACUGCUGCUGGGAAAACAAACUAUGUUUUGCCCUGCAAACUGUGAUAUUCGUCAUUGUCACCGUUCUCGGUCUAACUGGUUCCGCUUCAUUGACUACACAGUUCUUGUUGUGGUGUAAGAACCUGCAAACAACGUUCCCAAACGCAACCGAUUGUCAGAUGGCGGCCAAAUAUUAUGAUAAACGUUUUGCAGAGGAGAAACUCAACAUGACGAUGUACUUCAGGACAGAGAUUAUACAACAGAGUUGCACCUGGACCAUCAGUUUCCUGUGCAUGUUGCUCUCGUUCAUCUACAUCAGCCUCCUGUGUGUCUCCAGGGCCAGUAACGACAGAACACGUGUCAUCUACGUCCGCAACAGCGAGGAACAGCCUCUCAUACCACUCCCAGGAGAAAGGGACUCUGUCAGUUAUUCCUAAACAUUGCAGCCAAUUGCUUCACAGUGAUGUCUGUCAUAUAAUGACAGCCUGUCUGUGUCCCUGUUUGUUGUGAGUGUUCGUGUUACUUGUGUUUAUUAGGAGGGAUGGCAAGGUUCAGACCAUGCCAGUCACUCAGUGAAUGUUCCACAAAGGUAAUGUGCGUUAUAACGAUACAAUCUCAUUAAAAUCAGAUCCUAGUUCUCGCUAUCGCUAAACAAAGAUCUGAGGACAUCCCAUUACGGGUCACAUCAGAACGACCUUUCAUCCGACUAAUCAAAGCGUCGUUUAGCAGUUCAUGAAAGUGACAGCCGAAUGCGUUUUCUAAUCACGCAACCUCGAAAACGUUAACACCGGGUAUUCCGUAGGACAGUUACGGUCCGUACGACUGAUUCCGUCAAAAUUAUCGUCUAUCUCUGCUUACGUGGGAUAAACAUUUGAACGGAGGAGGCGUUGCACAGUACGUGGGAAGCACUGCCAUACAAUCGCAACCAUAUAUUAAACAU